AUGGCCGCCUCACCAGUCGUGAGCUCCUUCGUGGUGUGGGACUAUGUGGUGUUUGCGCUGAUGCUGCUGGUCUCCGCCGCCAUUGGGAUAUACUACGCCGUGGUGGGUGAGGGUCAGCGUAGCUCCAGGGACUUCCUGACGGGUGGCCGGAGCAUGUCGGCCGUGCCGGUUGCCAUGUCCCUGACUGCCGGCUUCAUGUCUGCCAUCACCGUCCUGGCUACACCCUCUGAGGUGUACAGGUAUGGGGGUAUCUAUGGCAUCUACGGCAUCUCCUAUAUCCUUGUGGUGGUGGUCAGCUCCGAGAUCUUCCUGCCAGUCUUCUACAGGCUGGGAAUUACCAGUACCUAUGAGUAUCUGGAGCUGCGGUUUAACAGGGCAACCCGUCUCUGUGGGACUGUGAUGUUCAUUGUACAGACAGUUCUCUAUACUGGAGUAGCCAUCUAUGCUCCAGCUCUGGCAUUAAACCAAGUCACUGGAUUUCACCUGUGGGGGGCUGUGAUCUCAACAGGAGUGGUCUGCAUCUUCUAUUGCACAAUGGGAGGUCUUAAGGCUGUGGUCUGGACAGAUGUUUUCCAGGUGGGCAUCAUGGUGGCUGGGUUUCUUGCGGUUAUCAUCCGCUCUGUAGUGCUGCAGGGUGGUUUCUCCGUCAUCAUCAAUGACUCAGCUCGUGGAGGAAGGCUCAACUUUUGGGACUUUGAUCCAAGUCCCUUGAGGAGACAUACCUUCUGGACCAUAAUUUUUGGGGGAGCUUUCGUCUGGAUUGGGAUCUAUGGAGUCAACCAAGUCCAGGUUCAGAGAUAUAUAUCGUGCAAGUCCCUUUCCCAUGCAAAAAUGUCUCUCUAUGUGAACAUGGUGGGACUGUGGGUCAUACUCUUAUGUUCGGUCUUCUGUGGGUUGUGCCUGUAUUCUAUCUACCAGCACUGUGACCCCUGGACAGCAGGCAUGGUGUCUGCACCAGACCAGCUAAUGCCCUACCUGGUAAUGGACAUCCUGAGGGCCUAUCCUGGACUCCCAGGACUUUUUGUGGCUGCGGCGUACAGUGGAACCCUAAGCACUGUCUCCUCCAGUAUAAAUGGUCUGGCUGCAGUAACAGUGGAAGACCUGGUCAAGCCAUAUUUCAGUAUGUCUGAGAAGAAGCUGUCAUGGAUAUCCAAGGGCCUAAGCCUGCUGUAUGGGGCUUUGUGCAUUGGGAUGGCUGCUGUGGCAUCCAUGAUGGGGGGACUCAUACAGGCAGCUGUUAGUAUCUUUGGUAUCAUUGGAGGGCCACUUCUUGGCCUCUUCACUUUAGGCAUACUCUUCCCGUGCUCCAACUCUACAGGUGGUUUGGCUGGUCUUCUCAGUGGGUUGGCCCUAUCUCUAUGGGUAGGGAUUGGGGCACAGGUGUACCCCCCUCUGCCAGAGAGCACCCGGCCUCUGAACCUAACCACAGCUGGCUGUAACUUUAAUCUGACAGGAGAGGACGUGAACCUAACCAUGGGACCAUCAGCACUUCCCCCUGCCACCAGAAUUUUACAAGAGCACAUCAUCAAUGACACAAUGUACAGGCCGUUCCUGGCUGAUCGCUGGUACUCCCUCUCCUACCUGUACUUCAGCCCCAUUGGGACCCUGACUGUGCUGGCUGUAGGGCUGAUCGUUAGUCAACUCACAGGUGGCAAAAAGCAGGAAACAGACCCAGGAUUGAUGUUGAUGAAGGAAGACCUAACUUGUUAUCAUAUCUACAACCUCUUUAAAGAGAAGGUAAUGAAACGUGCAAGCAAGCUGCACCUGGAUAAGAAAAAUGGUGAGAGAGACUUUGGAACAAAAAAUCCUGCCUUUAGCAAUAUCGAGCUGGACUUCACAGAACACACUGAACCUAGAUCCAGUGGUCCUGCCUCUCACUUCUGA